GUAGCAAUGUAUGAUUUCCUUGACGCAGCUCUGGCCCAAAUCAAUUAAAACCUCUUUCAUGAACAAUUAUUGAUAUUUGACCAUUUUCCGGCCUGCGUUAUAAAAGGGGAGGUGUGUAGAUGUCUGGUAAACGGUCAUGUCGGGGAACAGGAUGGCAACCUUUGCGCUGGUCUUGCUUCUGCUCGCAUGUUCUGCUGUCGCAGCAAGUGGGAGCAAAAAAGUAGAGCAGCUCCAAGCUGCCAGGGAGGAAACAAGAAACUUUGCAGGCAGACAGGAGCCUUUGCCCGCACGCACGGCGAGACGGGCGCACCUUUCCGAGGAGGAACGCACGAUCAUGACCAAACAAAUCAUGCAAGCGAUCUCAGAGAUGGUGAAUUCUGACUGCAUGCUGGACCGUGACUAUCACGGCUGGGUGGAUUUCGGACGCCGAGACGCAGAAUGACGGACACCGGAGGGGAGGCCGCAGCUGAUUCCGUGCUCAUCCAAUGCUUC